UUUGUCUCGGGCUUUGCAAUAGAAUAGAGAGAGGAUAUACCUGGCUGACCGUUCCUCUCACUACCUCUUUCCCUCUCUCUUCGUCACGAGAGGUUGCGACGCCUGUCCUCAUCUCAUCUCCAUGGAGUCCAGAGCUCAACAAUCAGCUAAUAGCCCUCCUCCAAAACCUUGGGAACGAGCUGGUUCCUCAUCUGGUCCUGCACCUUUUAAACCCCCUUCUUCUGGUAGCACUAGUGAUGUAGUUGAGGCUUCUGGAACAGCAAAGCCUGGUGAAAUUGUUCAAAAUGCAGAUAGGAAUACGACUGUAAACAGGAAUGCACUUGGGAGGCCUGUUCCCACUAGGCCUUGGGAGCAGCAGAAUUAUGGUAGCACUUAUGGAGGCUAUGGUUCUGGUUUGAAUUCUGGUUUUAAUUACAAUUCUGGUUAUGGUUCGGCAAUGGGUGGCUCCUAUGGUGGAUUAGGAGGGUCUUAUGGUGGGGGGUUGUACGGGAACAACAUGUACAGAGGAGGUUACGGUGGGGCCGGUGGGCUUUAUGGAGGUUCCGGCGGGCUUUAUGGAGGUUCUGGCAUGUAUGGUGGGGGAAUGUACAGUGGUGGGCUUGGUGGCCCAAUGGGUGGUUAUGGGAUGGGCAUGGGAGGUCCCUAUGGUGAUCAAGAUCCAAAUAAUCCAUAUGGCGCUCCAUCUUCUCCACCGGGCUUUUGGAUUUCCGUAAUGCGUGUGAUGCAAGGUGUAGUAACCUUUUUUGGCCGGAUUGCAAUCCUAAUAGACCAGAAUACCCAGGCAUUUCACUUGUUCAUGACUGCACUUCUUCAGUUGUUUGAUCGAUCAGGAUUAUUGUAUGGAGAGCUGGCCAGAUUUGUGUUCAGGCUGCUUGGCAUAAAAAAAAAGCCUAACAAAAUACAUCCUCCUGGACCCAACGGACUUCCAGGCCCUCACAACCCCCAUGGGGGUCAAAACUUCAUUGAAGGACCUAAGGCUGCUCCUAGUGGUGCAUGGGACAAUGUAUGGGGAGAUAAUGCUGGUAACUAGUUUGGUCUUUCUCACUUGCAUUUCAUUCUGAAGGAGCCCAAUGAUAAUCGGCAGCAGUCUGUAUGGAAGUAAAGAGUACAGAUGAAUUGAUGCUGCCGUUGCUGCCUGUAUAGAUAGGAGUCGACAUGGUGGGAUUGCUGUUUGCAUGAAAUAAAACUCUCUCUCUCUCUCUCUCUCUCUCUCUCUCUCCCUCAUAUAGAAGGGUUGUAUUGUUGCCUUGGAUGAUCAUGUACCGAACACCCCCCAUAUUGUAAGCAAGGGAAUAGAUAAUAAUGUAGGAUGAAUGGAGGAGGGUCUAUUUGUAAUGUUUAAUUUUAGUUAUAUUAUUUUUCUCCACCUGAAUGCUGAAUCCGAUUGGAGUUUGUUUUCCAACCGUUUUGAGUUUGAGUGAGUGUACAUGGAUGCCGGAGUUGCUAUUCACUUCCACUAAUGUUGUUGAUUCAAAUGAAGCUCCAUGUGAUUUUUUGUUA